UUCAAAAAAAAUCCAUGUACUUAAUUCAAACCGAAAUACUCGAUUAUGUAUUUUCAUCUUCCAUGCGUUUUCAUUUAUAGAGACUGACAGGUCUAUAUUGUCCAGUGAAGUCCAGGUCUGCUCUAUAAAUCGUGCAGUUUUGUAGAUUCAUUAGACUGUGAACCACGUAUGAGUAUGCAGAAAGCAAACUGGAUUAUUUCUUAAGGCAGCAACAAAUCAGAUGCCAAAACAAAUUUGAGAAAUGAUGAAAGGCGCGAAAAGCGGGAAAAUAAGUCCAGAGUGGCGGUUAGAUUUUGGAUCCAAAGCGUCGAGCGUUGGUAACGAGAGUGACCGACGGAUACUAAGCACCGUAAUAGAAGAGAAUAGUGCAUCUAUUAUAAAGAGACUCUGCAAGCACUGGAAAAUGUUCGUUGUCAUCAUCGUACCUAUAUCAGCAAUGCUAAUGCUUUCGUCGUUCUCUUUGAGUCGAGCGUCUGAAAUCCGACAGAGUACAUCUACAGCUAUAGACAGUAUUAACCACAGUCUCAAGAUCAGUGACCUAGUUAAACAUCUUCAGCGAGAACGAGGCAUGUCUACAUCCUUCAUAUGGGCAUCAAACUUUUCAACUUCUAUAUUAGAUCAGCUUCAUGUACUUCGACAAGAAACAAACACUAGUUUGUGGAACGUUAACUGGCCUAGCGAGGGUAUUUCUAUGCGGAACACUCAAUGGUCAGUUGAUGACUUAAUGUUUUCUUUAAACAGACAUAGACAGGAUGUUGAUAUCAGAUCUAUGGAUAUUGUGUAUAAUUUAGACUAUUAUACAACACUAACAAACGCUUUAUUGAAGUAUAUUUCCCAGUCUGUAACUCCCCCAGAUAACGCUGCGGUGCAAGUGUUAAUUGUGGCUAGUGGCGCUUUGUUAUCGAUGACAGAUGACAGAGGCAUACAAAGAGCUCUUGGGACGACAUUUUUUACGUCAUGUGGAUGGCCAUCUAAAGAUAUAGAGACAAACUACAAGUCAUUGCAAGGAAGGUCAUCUGCUUUUUUAGACACGGCUAUGUAUCAUGACAGAAAGAUUGAAAUACAGCUAACAGAACACAAACAGAGCUCGGCUAAUUUGUCAAAUUUUAUAAAUGCUCAUGAUUCAUUUCAUUUAUUCAUGGAGUAUGAAAACAUUUGCAGUUCUACUUCUUUGCCUGAAAGAGAAGCUUACAGUACGGAAUGGUUUAGUAAUAUGACAGUUUUUAUUGAUAUCUUCUUCGAAAUUCGUGAGUCUAUCAAUGAAGAAAUACGAUCUGGUCUAAAAGACCUACAAUCGAUCGCACAAUUUGAGUUUACACUUUUUCUGUCCACUUUAAUAGUUGCUAUAACAAUUAGUGGCAUCUUGUCCACUUGGUACAUGUACUGUAUUGCCACACUGACUGGAAACUUGUCAAAGUAUGCCAGUAAAGUCAAAAGGAAAAGUGACGAGCUAGCGCAAGAGAAGAGAAAGACUGAUAAUCUACUUUAUCAGAUGUUACCAAAGAAAAUUGCUAAUAUCUUGAAAACAGGGAAUACUUCUGAUGCUGAACAUUUCAAUGACGUCACAAUAUACUUUAGUGAUAUCGUAGGUUUUACCACAAUAGGAGUUCAAAGUCAACCACUUGACAUUGUUAACCUACUCAACGAUUUAUACAGUUUGUUUGACGAAUGCAUAGAUAAGUAUGAUGUUUAUAAAGUAGAAACGAUUGGAGAUGCUUACAUGGUUGCCAGUGGUGUACCGACACCUAACGGAGGAAACCAUGCACCAGAAAUAGCAUCAAUGGCCUUGAGAAUCAGACAGGAAGUCAACGGUUAUACUAUACCACACAUGCCGGGUAGAACUCUGCAGAUAAGGAUUGGAGUACAUUCAGGACCAUGUGUUGCUGGUGUUGUUGGAACUAAGAUGCCGAGAUAUUGUUUGUUUGGAGACACUGUCAAUACAGCAUCGAGAAUGGAGUCUAGCGGCAUGGGUGGAAGAAUACACAUAAGCUGUGUUACACAAGCUCUGUUAAACGAUCAUGGAAAUUUUGUAAUGGAGUUCAGAGGUAUCAUUGAUGUUAAGGGAAAGGGGCCAAUGGCUACAUAUUGGUUAGAGAAAUUGAAAGUUGAAGAACCUGCUAAAGUAGUUUCAAUGUUUCUUUGAAAGUCUCAUGGUGAUAACAGCGGGAAGUCUCAGGGAUUGGAAAAUGAUUGACAUUUCAAGUAAACCUAAGUUGUAUAGAAACCAAAGACAGCUCAAUGUUUCUAUAUGGAGGAUGAACAAGAAAACUGCCAGACAAUCGCAUAAUAAUGUGUAAUAUUUGCACCAUUUGUGUCUUAUUAUUGUUUUUGCUUUUUUAUGCGUACAUAUUUUAUAUUUACUCCCACCGUAAAGGCAUUAGAAUGUCUCGAAAUGUUCGUAUAUUGACUGAAAAUAUGCUUAAAACAAAACCACAGAAAAUUGAAUUUAGAUGAGAAAUCGUUUCUGCAGAUUCCAAAAAAAAAUGAUAUUUUGUUGAAUAAAUUUAAUACUUCAUCAAGACUUUAAAAUAUGAAAGACUACUGUAACACAUGUAAAUAUGUGUACUGAUAACUUUAGCAAGACUUAAAUCAUCUUAUAGAUCUGCUAGAUGUGGGUUAAUAUUUGCAGUAUUCGGAAAUUGCUAUAUUCGAUCAUUCGACCUUCAAUUUUUAUGGAUAUUUGUCGAACAUUUUUUUAUAACGAAUCAAUUCAAGAUGAAUGAAAAGCCUGUAUAUCAAUAAAGUGAAAAAUCUUAACAAUCAGAAGAUUGAGUGGCAGUUCAAAAGGAAGGCUCGUCUUGUUUAUUUAACACAUUAAGUGAUAUCUUGGACUCGAUUAGGGCGUGUUGAGGAGAUGAGGUUGAAUUUGAAAAGGCAGGAUAGAAAUUACAACCAAAAAAAUAUGCAGGCCAAACUUCUCAUCCUAGCCUUCCGUUAAAACCAAAUAGAAGCUCCCUAACGUCUUAAUUUGUUAAUAUUAUUUCCAACAAAUUGCCAACAAUGUACUUUGCAAUAUUUAUAAAUUUAAGUAUGUUUUGACAAAACAUAUCUGUAUCGUAUUAUUGUUAUGCAUUAUUGAAACGAAAAUGAAUUGUUAUCUUCAAAGUCGUAAAUUUGUAUGGGAUGUCAUAUAUAAAUAUGGGAUCGAAAAAGCAAUACUAUUAUCCGAUGGUUCUGUUAAUUUACUACUUGAAUGCAACACCUGGUCAGUUCGACUUCAAAAGGGAUACACUUAAGUAUCAAAGUGUAGUGUUAAUUUCCCUUCGAACCUGACCAAAUUUAAUCUUACUCCCCGUGUCAGUGUCGUAAGACUCAGUGUGUCAAAGUAAGACGAGGUGGCGUGCUUAGUAUAUUAGCUAGUUGGGGUAGUAGAACUUCGCUAAUUUAUGUAUAGCAAAACAAAGCGUAUUGGAGCGUGUCGGAACAUAUCAGUGUAUUGAUUCUCGAGUAGUUAUACACAGCUAAUACACAGCUAGAAGGUAGAAAGAGUAACGGAAGUAGAGUGUCAGAGUUGUAAGAAUGUAGCAUGUCACAGUAGCUUGACUCAUUUAGUUCGAGUACUAAAACUCCGCUAGUGGUAGUAGUAAGACUCAGCCAGUUGGAGUGGUUAAGACUCAGUCAGUCGGAGUGGUAAGACUCAGUGUGUACAAAUAGUAGGACUCAGUGUGCGAAAUAAGGAAGACACAGCGUGUCAAAUAGUGAAGACACAGCGUACCAAAUAAGGAAGACGGAAUGGUGUCAAAUAAGGAAGACUCAGUGUGUGAAAUAAGGAAGAUACAGCGUGUCAAAUAAGGAACCCAGUGUGAGAAAUAAGGAAGACGCAGCAUGUCAAAUAAGGAAGAGGUAGUGUCUCAAAUAAGAAAAACACAUCGUAACAAAUAAAGAAUACGCAUUUUGUCAAAAUUAGGAAGACGCAGUGUGUCAAAUAAAAGAGAUGCAUCGUGUCAAAUAAGGAAAACGCAGCUUGUUAGUGUAGUACGAUUCUGCUUGUUUGAGUAGUAUGCCUCAUCAAGACGAAGUAGUAGGACGCUAUGUGUCAGAGAGGAAAGACACAACCUGUGAAAGAAGAAAACGCAGCAUAUCAGAGAAGUAUAAAAUUGAUAAAAAUCCAGUUUGUCGAAGAAUUAACACUCAACGUGUUACAUUUGUAAGACUGAACGUCACAAUGAAGUAAAACGAAGUGUUUGAGAAUACUAAGACGUUGACUCAGCGUGUAGUAAGACUCAUGCAGCAAUUCAAAGUAGCAAGACUCGGCUUGUCGGAUAAGUAAGACUCAAGGUGUUAGUGAAGUAACUAUCAGACAGUCUGAGUAGUAAGACUCAGCGUGUCAGUGAAGCAAGACUUAGAGCGUCAAUGUAGUAAGACGCAUCAUGCUCAAAUUGUAAGAACAUCAUGCAAGAACUCUAUUGUAAAUUAUUUUUUAUUAUUGAAUAUUACUUGCACAAACAUAAUAUCUUAAUACAUGUACUUGUAACUGUUUGGUAUAUUUUCUGAUUAGCAUAUAAUCACCUUAAUCACAAGAGUUGGUGAUAUGUGCUACGGUUGUUAUAGAGUUUUUCUUUUCGUCUUGUCAUUUUUGUUAUUGUUGCGUUUUUUCAUAUACCAUAAGUGUCACGUUUGUAAGCUGAUACGUUGUGAUCACAUUUUUGUGGUCGUAAAUUAGUUUCAGAUUUAUUUUCAAAAAUUUUAGUGUUUGUGUCGUAAGUUAAAAGGAGAACAUCGGGUUAUAUGUACCUUUGUUUUAUGUUUAGUUAAGGUUUUUUUUUCUUUUCGUCUCUCAUUGUUGUUAUCGUUGGGUUAUUUUUAUGUAAAGACGUGUCACGACUUCGAGCUUAUAUAUUGUGAUGUCUGAACACGCAGACAAGUUGAAAUAAAGAAAAGAAUAUACUUAAAGUUCAAUCUGCUUUUUAGCAAAAAGCUAAUAAGUUUAGAAUAUUAAAGCCAAAUAAAAAUUAUAGUGUUAAAGAAAAUUCCGUAUUCAAAGUUUACAAAAUAAAAAACAAAAAGUAUACAAGGAACACCCAUUUCAGCAUUUAUGUGAAAUAAAAAAUCAUAAAGCUAUUUAGAAGGAAAUAAAAAUUACCAGGUCGAAGAAAGACAGACACAAUUUUCCAC